AUGAAAGCCUUACAUUUUAGAUUCGUAGGUAAAAGCCCAGAGCAACAAAUAAACAGUGGUGACAAUACUUUAGAUAUAAGCUCAGAAACUUUGCAAUGGCAACUCGGUGGCUCUAUCACUAUGAAUACAAGCUCAGAAACUUCACAACAGCAACUGGACAAUAGUAGUGGCUCUAUUGCUAUAAAUACAAGCUCAGUACCUUCGCAAUGGCAACUGGACAAUAUCGGUGGCUCUACGAAUACAAGCUCAGUACUUUUGCAACGGCAAUUGGAUAAUAGUGGCAGCUCUAUAAAUGAAAGUUUGAAAUCUUUACGUUUGCGAUUGAAUAAUGGUAGUGAACCUUUGGAUGAAAUCUCGGAAUUCUUACGUUUGCGAUUGGAUAAAGGUGGAGACGGAUCUUUGA